GUUGGACAGGCGCACCUGCAGGCGCACUGGCUAAUCCCGCACACGGGUGGAACACACACCAACUACAUACAAGAACAGUACAUACAUACAUACAUACAUACAUACAAUACAGUACGGUCGUCAUCUGCCACCCCCCCCAGUCCAUGUUAGCCAACGCUGUGCUGCGACCAGCUCUCAGGACUUCUCUCCUGCGUUCCCGUCUCAUCACUGCUACUCCGUGUCCACUCCAGUAUCAACGCACAAUGUCGUCCAUCCAGACUAUCCAGACUCCCAACGCUCCUGCUGCCAUCGGGCCUUACUCCCAGGCCGUCGUCGCAAACGGCUUCCUUUACACUGCCGGACAGCUUGGUUUUGACCCCAAGAAGAUGGACUUUGUAGCAGGAGGUAUCAAAGAACAAACGGAGCAGGCUUUGAAGAACUUGAAGGCCAUUUUGGAGGCCGCUGGCACCUCUGUAGACAAGGUGGUUAAGACAACCAUUUUCCUUAAGGACAUGAACGAUUUCAAUGCGAUGAACAAAGAGUACACAAAGGCGUUCGGAUCUGCUAGGCCUGCUCGCUCGGCUGUGCAAGCUGCCCGUUUACCUCGCGACGCUUUGGUAGAGAUUGAGGCAGUCGCUCUUGUCUAAGGCGGCGUAGUAGAAUAGGGCAAGAUGGAGCUUGUGCUUGAACAUGGACAUAUAUAUCACCACGACCAGGACCCCCCGUCUGCAUAACAAAUGCUUGGAAAACUAUGGUGUACAUGCAUUGCACAUAGAAGCCGUGAAAACUCGCUAAACAAGCACUUGUGUCCUGUCCCAUAU